AUGCGUACUUCAUUCCUUUCCAUGCUGACACUCGGCGCUGCCGCUGUGUCCGCUGCCCCUGCUCCUUCUCCCGCUUCCGGGCUGGUUGAGCGGUCCUCCUCGAGCUGUACCUUUACUUCUGCUGCCAGCGCAAAGGCUGGCAAGAAGUCCUGCUCCACUAUUGUUCUGGACAACAUCGAGGUUCCUGCCGGCGAGACCCUGGAUCUCUCCAAGCUGAAGGAGGGCACAAAGGUCAUCUUCAAGGGUGAGACCACCUUCGGAUACAAGGAGUGGAAGGGCCCUCUCAUCCGCAUGUCCGGCUCCAACAUCGAGGUCUCUGGCGAGGAAGGCCACGUUAUCAACGGUAACGGAGCCAAGUGGUGGGACAGCAAGGGAACCAACGGCGGCAAGACGAAGCCCAAGUUCUUCUACGCCCACGGUCUCGAUGAUUCGACCAUCACUGGCCUGAACGUCAAGAACACCGCCGUCCAGGCCUUCAGUGUGCAGGCCGACAACCUCGUCCUCGACCAAAUCACCAUUGAUAACUCCGACGGUGACGACAAUGGCGGCCACAACACCGAUGCCUUCGACGUCGGCGAGUCCACUUACAUUACGAUUAGCAAUGCCAACAUCAAGAACCAGGAUGACUGCCUGGCUGUCAACUCCGGCGAGAACAUCAUCUUCACUGGCGGUACCUGCUCCGGUGGCCACGGUAUUUCCAUCGGCUCCGUUGGCGGCCGCGAUGACAACACCGUCAAGAACGUGACCAUCUCUGACUCGACUGUAACCAACUCUGACAACGGUGUCCGCAUCAAGACCAUCUACAAGGCCACCGGUGAGGUCUCCGACGUGACCUUCUCCAACAUCGAGCUGUCCAACAUUGCCAAGUACGGUAUUGUCAUUGAGCAGGACUACGAGAACGGCAGCCCCACUGGCACGCCCACCACUGGUGUCCCCAUCACUGGCCUGACUGUCGAGAAGAUCACCGGCACUGUCAAGAGCUCAGCUACCGAUGUCUACAUUCUGUGCGGUGAUGGUAGUUGCUCUGACUGGACCUGGUCUGGCAACACCCUCUCCGGUGGUAAGACUAGCAGCAAGUGCAAGAACGUUCCUUCCGGUGCUUCUUGCUAA